UAUUAUAAAGAGGUCACCUUUUUUAUGUUUUUUUUUUCUUCAUUUAAAUUGCCGUUAUCCUUGAAUGCCACCUUGUGGAUUAAGGUAGUAAAGGUAAAUGCUAUUGCUAUGUUCAGUUUAAAAUCAGAAUGGGAAUUCUCAGCUUCACACUUGAAUAUUCCCAGUAACACCCAACAUUUUGAAAUACCAAUUUCAGCACAUCAUGACCCAGGACUUGUACUGUAUCUCUUAUCCCCUCACCUCAUGUGAGUCCAUACCAUCUCUCUAAACUCUGACAGGUGUCUGUGUUUCCUACUCAGAAUCUGGAGAGAACACAGAAGCGGGCUUGGUGCAUUAUCCUUGGACCAUCAAACAGCAUCUAUACAUCAGCACUCAAUCUGACCGCUGAGAGAACGUGGCAACUGAACUCUGCGUCCAGCUUGCCCAUCAUCACCUCCAAUCUGACAACAGCAACCUGCUGGCACAACCACCAGAGGUCGUAACUCCCUCAUUACGGAUGCACACGCUUUCUCUCACACGCUUGACUUGGAGGAGUCAACUAAAACCGUGCAGAAAAUGAUUUCACACCCCAACAAUACAUUGUCACAACUGGCCCUAGAAGCUGGCCUGACCUUAUCGGUUUAAGGACAAUGGUUUUUGCUCUGAGCUAAAUGUUAGACGUGUGUACUUCUACCGCGCAUCUCAUAGUGCCGCGCUGCGCCGCAUAGUGAUGGGUGGACCGAAGGCAGCGCUCGCCGAGACUCAUCCCUAAAAAAAGCUCAAUGCCUCUUCCUCGGAGCCGCCGACAGCAGGCGAGACCCGUGGACCGCUUCAUUAACUGUCCAGACACGGAUUGAUUGAUCAGAUGUCUUGUUCACGACCGAAACUUCAACUAUGCAUUCACUGGAAACGCAAAUGGCUCCCAGUUUGAGGAGUGCGCGGAGAGAUUUCACCAAACUGCAUGCCUGCGGCGCGGCGGCUGGAGACGGGCGCUCACCGGGAUGGAUAAGAGUGCGAGAAGCAGGGUGGUAUCGGAGAACCAGGAGAAGAGAUGGAGCAGAAGGGAUGUCUGCAAACUGUCUGUUAUACAUAGGAAUGGUCUUACUUCUGUUGCAGUGUGCGCAGGCCACAGAGGAUGAGACAAACUACGACGCCUCUGGUUCUUCUGAUGUACCCAAUGACACAACAGCCUCCGCCCAUCCCAUUCACCCAUUGGCCGGCUUGCUGUUGGUGGAUGAGGAGCCUUUAUCAGUCGUCCAACCAGAUGGCAGGGCUGUGUCAGAGGGGGUGGGCCUGAGAGAGCAGCCUGCCUUCUCCUCCAUACUGACCCUGCUGGCGGAUAAACACCCACUGAGCUUGGUCCGAUCCAAGACCUCGCCAACCAUCAUCAAGGACAACAACCAAACCAGCCUGUGGCCUUCGGUUGCUCCCUUCUCUUCUUCUUCUUCUUCUGUGGAGCUGAGCAGAGACCUGUCUGACAGCUCAGAGACAGCGAUGGAGGAGUUAACUGUGGGAACAUCCAGAGAGACAGGGGUUAAUUUCCCCAAAGACAACGAGACCAGAUUAUCCCAAACAGGGAACCUCACCUUAGCCGACAGGCCUGCACUCACAACAUCACAGGUGUCACCUUUGACCCCUCGAGAGGACACAACGACUGCAUCCCUCCAGCUCACGACCGUGACCACCACAACCAUAGCUUCCACCACAACCACAACACAGCCAAUCACAGAGAGCCCAACCACGACAACAACACGCAGAACCACCACUGCUCCAGCCUCCAGGAGAACACUGUCACCUCCAAUCCCAAAGACCAAACCCAGAGGGACGACCACCCCGUUCCCCUUCACCACCACCACGGAGGCUCCACCCCGGCAGUGCAACGUCACAGAGAAGAUCUGGGUUAAAACAAUUCUGACCAUCCAUGUGAGAAGGAACCGCCUGGACAGCAUCCAGAGACAGAACCUGCGUAGAGGGCUGACCCAGGCUCUGAGUAGAGCUCUGAAUGACACCACUGCCCUGGCUCAGGUGGAGACUGUGUUUGGCUCUCCCAACGUGACGGUGGGCUACCACGUAAUUGGAGCAGACAUGGUGUACCCGCCCUCUGUGGUGGUCGAGGCACUUCACUCCUACGGCCGGGAUAGGCUGAUGGGUGACGUGCGACAGUUUGUCCCCAUGGUAACGGCGCUGCCCAACACAGCCGCACCAUGGAAACCCAGCCCAGCUAUCAGCCUCCAGCUCAAAACAGUUCUGCGCUUCGUAGGUCCAGGAGAUGACCCGCGUUCCUGUCGGUUCUCGCAGAUGAUGGAACAGAGGCUGGAGAACGUGUUCUCUGAGGCCCAGGCCAAAGUCCUGGACGUCCACACCAGACUCUCUGUCCAGAUGCUGAGUGUUUCUCAGUCAGUGGGUUCUCCUGCUGUGUCUCUGGUCUACAUGGUGAGGAACGGGACUGCCCCUCUCAACGGCACCGCCGCCUCUAACCUCCUGGGUCAGCUGACCGCAGAGAUGGUCGGCUACUUCCUGUUCUACCCACCGCUGGUCAUUGCUGAACCAUUGGAAUACCACAACCUCAAUACCUCCAUCGCUACCAGAGACUUCUGGGUAAUCACAGUCAUCCUGGAUGUGGAUAACUCAUCUCUGGAGAGCCAGUACCAGAGCUUUGCCAGUCUCAUGGAGCAGCGCCUGGCUGAGCUGUUUGUGGUUGCUCGCCAGCAGGGCACUCGCUUCAGGAGAGCCACCACUGUGGACAGCUACACUGUCCAGAUGGUGAGUAUCCGUCGAGUGAUGGGUCAGAAGAACCCAGCAGAGAUGACCUACUACGUUCAGCUGAAUGGUCUUCCCUUACCGGGCACGUCAGCCGCCAAGGUCCUGAACACGCUGGACUCUCAGACCAUGGCCCUCACACUGGGUUACUUCGUUCAGCUGCAGGCUGAACCCGUGGUGAAGAAUCCUCCAAACAAUCUGUGGAUCAUCGCAGCGGUGCUGGCCCCUAUCGCCGUGGUAACGCUCAUCAUCAUCAUCAUCACCGCCGUGCUCUGCCGGAAGAACAAGAGCGACUUCAAAGCCGAUGCCAUGGGCAACCUUAACCCCCGUGUCAAGACGUCAUAUCGGAGGGAUGUUACAGGAUAUUACCACCAGCCUGUCCAGGGGUUUGACUAUGCCAAGCAGCACCUGGGCCGCGUGCAGGGUGGGGAGGGAGAGACCCUCCCCGUGACCCAGGACACCCUGGUGCUGCCCCUGCCCAUCCGGGAAGCCCCCCUCUCCCUCUCCCUGGAGAAGGCCCUGCACCAGGACGGCACCGCCAACAAGAAGACCCUCAACUCGGACAUACGCAAGAGCAGGUUGCCGAGCGAGGACGGUUCCGUCAUCAGCAACGAAUCAGAGAAGCUCAACUCUGGUCGGGGCUCGGUGGCUCAGAAAGUCACAGCACAGCAGAAAUUGACAAAGGAGGAGACACGCAAGAAGAACGAUCCCUACGACACCUCGUUUGGUUCCCUGCAGCUUAUUUCCAUAAAGCCCAUGACUGCUCCGCCCACCUAUCACACCCCCGCCUCCUCUGACCGCAGCCAAGACUCAGCCAUCCUCAAUGGAAAUGGAGAGGUGAACCUAGCUCUGAAGCAGAAGUCCGACAUAGAGCACUACAGGAACAAGCUGAGGCUGAAGGCUAAGAGGAAAGGGUACUAUGACUUCCCCUCAGCGGACGGCAGCGGGAGUGGUAGCAGGGCGCUGGCACAGAGGCAGAGACACGGACAUGAGAGGGCACCUGGAGAGCAUGGCCCACCACUGGAGCCUGAUGAAGACCGAGCAUCCACCUACGUCAAGUCCAGCAGGAGACACUCUCAGGUGAGGCAGCGGACCUAUCGGAGCAGGCAGAGCCUGAACAGCCCGAGUACCGGAGGAACAGAGAUGGACUUGCUGGUUAUGAGGGAGAGACCCAGGAGAGGCAUCAGGAACAGCGGCUAUGACACUGAACCGGAGCUGAUUGAGGAGACCAACGUGGAUCGUCUGAUUGGCCCACGGGGGGGUUAUGUCUGCCCCAGAGGGGUCAAAGGUCACUCAGAGACCUCCACGUUGAGCUCCCAGCCGUCCAUCGACGAGGUACGCCAGCAGAUGCACCUGCUCUUGGAGGAGGCCUUCAGCCUGGCCUCAGGGGGACAAUCCUCCACAGCCGGACGCCACCACCACUCCCAUCAUCCCCACCCCCACCACGGUUACCACCACGGCCACUACAGCCCCGGACCUCCACCCCUGCCCUACUCUGACGUGGUGACCAGUGCCCCGGGAACCAUGAGCCGUGGCCGAGGAGGAGGGCUGCAGUGGAUGCCGGCGUACGGAGCAGACAUGUAUCAGUGCAGCCUCCCCAAACCUGCCUUUAGGUUCACCCAGCUUCCUGACAUGGUUAUGACCUCUCCUCCACCCCCUAUUCCCCCUCGCACCGGCCCUCCUCCUGGGACCUCUCUAAGACGCUCGUCGCCUGACCUGGGGUCCACGGCCAGGAUCUCAGAGUCUGGGACCAACAUGAUGGACAUGCAGACCCAGCAUAAUGACAGCAGCGCCCCCUAUGUCUCUCUCUCUAGAGCAGCACUCCCCUCAGUCCCCCUCUCCAGAGCAGCACUCCCCUCAGUCCCCCUCUCUAGAGCAGCACUCCCCUCAGUCCUCCUCUCCAGAGCAGCACUCCCCUCAGUCCCCCUCUCCAGAGCAGCACUCCCCUCAGUCCCCCUCUCCAGAGCAGCACUCCCCUCAGUCCCCCUCUCCAGAGCAGCACUCCCCUCAGUCCCCAUGUCCAGAGCAGCACUCCCCUCAGUCACAGCAGAACAGCCGGUGUUCACCUACUCAGGAAACCCCAUCACAGCGGUGUACGCCAUCCCAGCCUCGCGGUCGGGUUACUCUGAGUACUUUGCCUCCACGCCCCCAUCCUCCUACCACAGCCCAUCCUGGAUGUCCUACCCCCCUGAGCCUGAGGACGUGCCCCCCCAGUGGGCUGACUCUGUGGCUCUCCCGGGGUACGUGGAGGCCUUCCCUCAUCCCCGCUACCCUCAAGGCAGCUCCCCCAGACUCCCCCUACACUACGGUCAGGCCAUGGAGCCACCCCCCACCCCGACCACCGCCACGUCCCAGAAGAGCCUGCCCGAUGCGGGGGAGCCCAGAGACAGAGUCCCCCUCAGCAGUCUCUCCACAUCCGCCCUGGUCCAGGCCAUCCGCCAGGAGGUGGCAAAGCUGGCCAAGAAGCAGACAGACAUGUUUGAGUUCCAGGUGUAAUCCCUCUAGUGGCCGGGAGGUGGAAUUGCAGCACUCUCUUUUCUGAACAUGCUGUAACACUAGAGACAAAACAAACUCUCAAACUCAACUUUUUUGACAUUUGUAUAUUAAGACAGAUAAAAGCCUCUUUCUUUCUAUUUCUCUCUCUCUCCCACCUCUCUCAAAGUGGGAAAAUCCCACGUUUCUCUGAUGUGUUUCAUCACCAUGCUGUUAUUUUGGAGUUACUGAAGAGUGAAAGUGUUCUAUCUCAAACUGUCAGUCAUCUCUUCUUAACGAUGUCUCUAUAGUUACAAUACCUGUUUCUUUACAUUGUACAUAUGUCAUCCCCACAUCUAAAGACCUGUAAUAAUGAAAGAAGUCGAGGGCAGGCAGACCGUGGCACUAAAUCCUCCAAACACCGGUUUCGAGGGCAUCACUUUUAUACAAUGUGUUACCAACAUAUUCAAAUAAUGAUUGACAUUAUUUUUUUAAAUUAAUUUAUUCAUACUAUUACAUCCUUCUACAAGAUAUAGUCCCGACACAAAUCUAGCCGGCUUGUCGUUCGUUCUAUCAGUUCGGUUGCUACAGUAGAGAAGCGACACAGAGUCUUUCAGUCAUUUGUUCUAAAUGUUCCGUUUCCAUGCUGGCUGGCAACGUUCUUAUCCCUUUCUUUCCUGUUAGCCAACUAAGGCUAACUUACAGCUAGAAUAACAGCUGGCUGGCAACGUUCUUAUCCCUUUCUUUCCUGUUAGCCAACUAAGGCUAACUUACAGCUAGAAUAACAGCUGGCUGGCAACGUUCUUAUCCCUUUCUUUCCUGUUAGCCAACUAAGGCUAACUUACAGCUAGAAUAACAGCUGGCUGGCAACGUUCUUAUCCCUUUCUUUCCUGUUAGCCAACUAAGGCUAACUUACAGCUAGAAUAACAGCUGGCUGGCAACGUUCUUUUCCCUUUCUUUCCUGUUAGCCAACUAAGGCUAACUUACAGCUAGAAUAACAGCUGGCUGGCAACGUUCUUAUCCCUUUCUUUCCUGUUAGCCAACUAAGGCUAACUUACAGCUAGAAUAACAGCUGGCUGGCAACGUUCUUAUCCCUUUCUUUCCUGUUAGCCAACUAAGGCUAACUUACAGCUAGAAUAACAGCAAAGUAGUUGCAUUUGUUUUAGCUGUUUUCUAGAGAUAUUUAUUUGGAUAAAUCCAUAACAAUGAGCUAAUGAGGCUCGAUUUGUCCUGGCAUACAAAAUGUGCUCACUUGUCAGGACACUGUUGUUCAGAGAGGCUAACCAACAACACAGCUAACACAAUCACUUCAAACUGAAGCUGGAAAGACUGCAAACUAGCGGCACUUCGUUUCAUUUGACCUUUUUUCAAUUUACAUUUCUUUGUAUAUAUCCAUAAAAACGAUACCAGCUGAUUCAUGAUUUUGACUUGUUGAGAAACGCUGCCUGUCUGUCUUGUCCCGACUCCCAACAUGUUCAUUACUAUGGGACAGCUGGAGGUUGAAUUUGAAUAUUGAAACAAUGUUGCAAAUGUCGGAGAGACAGACAGCAAGGUUUAUACAAAUCUCUGCUGUUGAAAACUAAAUGUUAGUCUAAAGGAAAUGUGAGACAAUGUCUAGAUGCUUUUUAUAGUGGAGAUUAUGUUUAUAAAUUGCUUGGCUGGGAUGAUGAGACAGUGGAUUGCGCAGUCAUAUGGAACAGAGUAAAUAGACAUUUUAACAUCAUAGAUUUAGCCGGUGGUAACUUGUGGAAUAGACAUGCGGUUUUAACCAAUCGGCAUUCAGGAUUAGACCCACCCGUUGUAUAAUGUGUAUAUAUAAGCAUGUAAAGGGAUGCCAUGUAUCUUAGCUCUUUUUAUAGAACAAGUCCAUUUCAACUAAAAGAGAGACUUCUGUUUUAUUGUCAUCUCCAAUGGCCCUGAGUAUUCCAUCCUCUGACUGAGAGGGGAUUUAGCUUAUGUUCUUCAAUGACAAUUGAGAUCUGAGUCAGAUUCCCUUUUCCUGUGCUCAGCCAUGUCUUCUAAGUAUCAUUUCAAGCAGUUUGAAAACAACAUGACCACAAAUUACAUUGGACCACAAAUUAGGCACAAUUGAAGUCAGUAGAUUUAAAGAAGGGUGUUGAUUUUCUCCUAUGAAAAGGAGGUGCUGGUAUUGUAUAUGAAUGGAUAUGAAUAGUGAGUUGAGAUCUGACACCAUGUUUGGAAGACACACCUGUCAGAACACAUGUGCCUCAUAAACUGUGAUUAUUGUGUCGACAAACACUUGAAUCUGAAGGAUGCCAACAACAAUUUCACUUGUUUCUUGACGAUGCCUCCAAACUGCCUUUCACAACGUGAACAUGAUCAGAAAUCCAGUACUGUAGCCCUUUUCUUGGACACAGUAAAGUUGGACUGGGUUUAACACAACUGUAAAUGUAAUGUGUUUCUUAACAGAAAGGAGAGAGGACACUUUAAAUGCUGACACAGUGCUCAGUUAGAUUUCUCUUUUCUUUAGAAAUCAAAGAAAUCAUAAAUUGGCCACAGAAUCCACUCAGCAAAUGUUAGAGAAAGUAUGUAUUGCACUGUAAUGAUUCUAUAUAACAGAGUGUCAUAUCUGUGUUCUACACAAUACAUUUCUACAUUCUGUAAUGUUUUUUCUUCUAGUAAUGAUCAGAUAAGACAAAAAGCAGACUGACUCUUUGACAUUUUAGGACUGGAGAUGUGCAUCUCUGGUUUAAUGCACAAUAUCCCCAGGAUUGAUGGCACAAGGUCCUCUAGUAGGUAUAAUGAUACUAUACAGUUCAUAUGGACAGUGGUGGACUGGGACACUGUUAACUACAUAGAUAUUAGUUUGACCUUUGAAGACCAAGGUGCUCUGUCAGCAGUGCAUUCUUUACAUCAUAUUGUGAAUGUCGAUCCCAAUGACUUUGAUCUCCUCCUUGAUGAUUGUACUGUAACUUUUUAUUUUUAACGAGAACCAGCUCAAAUGCACUUUAUGCUAUAGGUGUAUGUCUGUUAUGUUAACUGUUGCUGGACAGGAAGGUGAAACGGUUAGGGCAGCUCCCAGUCCUAAGUUUGGUCCUCUACAUGGAGUCUGGCUUUCAUUCUCUCGUUCCCAGUGAGUGAACACACCUUGUCUGAAGCUCCUUUUCAGUACAGUAUUCAUACAGUGGCCCUUGGUAUUCUAAUGGGUGGACAAGACAUGCAUGAGUCUACACAUGGAAACCAAGGCUGAGAUGAGCCUGGUUUGAUUAUCUUUGAUAAGAGGAACAAGUGAGAGGGGGAAGAGUGUAAUCGUUUUGGUCACAGUAUACCAAAGGAUGGGUGGAAGAGCAUAUCACCUCACACAUCAUAGGUGGUAUUGCAACACAAAAAUAAACUGUUCAAAUGAAAAGUUGUCCCAAAAAUGUAACACAUUUUCUCCUUCUGUGUUUAUCAUGACGACACAUUAUUGCAUUAUUUCAGAUGUAGGUUAUAGUUUUUCACCCUGAUUUCCUUUUUUACUGACCCCCUGUACAGUAGAGUUUCUGUUUCAGAUGCACCCUGGGAGAUUGAGUUUUCCAGCCCGUCCUGUGUGUCUGAGUGUAAAUAGGAGAGGAAUACUCUCUCUUACUGUAACUCCAAACCAGAACUCUGUUGCUUUUCUGUUUCCAGCAUCUCUUUUGCUGAUGGACUGACAACACUCAUGGUUGAGGAUGGACGGUUAUGUUAUCAUAUAGCUGCAGUAUUGUAAAAUGAAACCCUUUCUGUCUGUUCUGUAGAUGCUGACCAGUUUUGUGAUGAAAUGAACACUUUUCACAUUUGAAUGCUGAUACAUCAGUCUGAAGAGAGAAACAGGAUGGCAGAUUAUGCGAUUUGAAUCUUUGCAGAUUAACUCAAUAAAAGGGAUGACAGAUUGGCUGUUUGAUGAAGAAUGUGGUUUGUGACUUUAAUAUAUGAUUUACUUAUGAACAUAAAUAGUUGUUAGUCAAGGUAAUUCUGAUGAGAUACAAUCAUUAUAGUUUUUUCCCUGAUUUGAAUCCUUCUCUUCUCAGUUGUUGGAUGACAGAUGUAUGAAGGUUGCUUAGGAAGUAAUCUAUAAUGGGAGGGAAAGAGAAUCAAUCAAUUUAUAAAAGUGUUGGCACUAAUUUUCCAAAUAGGUCUAACAUUGUAAUAGACAACAGCAUCAGACCCCCCAAACUGUCUGUCUGUCACAUAGACCUAGAUAGGUCUACAAUACGAAACAGCGCGUUGAAAGUCAGAUUGUCAUAUGAAAAAAAUAGCACUGUAUUUUACAUCUCCCGUGAUCUAAAGGCUCUCCCAUCUGCUCUCCCAACUCCAACUCCAUCAUCAGGAUAGCCAGCUCGUUGACUUCGUCCAUUUCGCUCCUCCUGGCCACAUGGAUACCGGUCGGUGGACUAAACACCUCCAGAGGUUGGUAGUUGUUCACCACUAGGAUGCCCGUGUCAGGCCACCGCUCCGUGUCUCUAACAGGCUGCUGCUGCUUCUCUUGCGCAUUGCAAUGAUUAUGGUCCUGCAAAAUGGAGGUCCAAAUAUCCCCGCAUGCGUUGGACUGGUCAUAGAGAGAGGGGAAGAAUCUGGAUUUGUUGGCAUUCAUCUUGUUUUCACUUUUCAGUAGGUCAUGAAUUCAGAUUUGUUUGGAUUCGAAAGAUGAAUGCACCUGGUGGUUCUGGAACCAUUACCUCAAGUUCUCCAUGUUCUAAACCUUUUGUUGCAUUGUAAUGUGUGCAGUAGGCUAAACCAGUAGGCUAAACCAGUAGGCUAAGCCAGUAGGCCAAACCAGUAGGCUAAACCAGUAGGCUAAACCAGUAGGCUAAACCAGUAGGCUAAGCCAGUAGGCCAAACCAGUAGGCUAAACCAGUAGGCUAAACCAGUAGGCUAAGCCAGUAGGCUAAACCAGUAGGCUAAACCAGUAGGCCAAACCAGUAGGCUAAGCCAGUAGGUUAAACCAGUAGGCUAAACCAGUAGGCUAAACCAGUAGGCUAAACCAGUAGGCUAAGCCAGUAGGCUAAACCAGUAGGCUAAACCAGUAGGCUAAACCAGUAGGCCAAACCAGUAGGCUAAACCAGUAGGCUAAGCCAGUAGGCUAAACCAGUAGGCUAAACCAGUAGGCUAAACCAGUAGGCUAAACCAGUAGGCUAAGCCAGUAGGCUAAGCCAGUAGGCUAAACCAGUAGGCUAAACCAGUAGGCUAAGCCUAAUGCUAAAAGGAAACAUUUAAUCAAUACAUUAAUUCACCCUAUUGCAGGAGAACUUUCCUUCAAAAUAAAAUAAAAAGGCUUCUGGAGUUUGUACAUUUCAGACUUGAUAAUCCCUUAUGAAAAAUGUAUCAACCCCUACACAAAUGUAUUAUAAUCCACAUAAUAAUUAACAUUUCCUGUUGGCGCAUAAGAAUCUCUGAAAAUAUGAUAUAAUGAGCACAUCAAGUGUAAGUUAUUUAUAAUAAAGUUGGAUUCUAUUGUAUGUGGCCUUUCUAAUCCACUAUCAGGUGUUGUUGUCACUAAGUUGAUCUGUCAAUGGCAACAUGUAGUGUCAAAGGUGAUCAAGGUGUCUUUUGCAAGGCAGCUCUGUAUCUCACAAUGACACAACAAUUCAACUAAACGGCAGCAUAGUAGCAUAGAAAUACACUAAAGACAAAAUAAAUAGACAAAACACAAUCAUGAAAAACAACCAUUGGACAAGUUCAGGUAGUACCUCCCGUUUGGAAGUGCUUCAAUCUGUUUUGUGUCUAAUUAACAUUUACGUCCCUGUUGUAAAGAGGUUAGGUACACACUCGUUAACGUUGUCUUAGUCUUGUAACAACAAGGUUUACAGACAGCAUUGGUUUCAGAUGAAGUUAUUGAAACAAUAGUAUACAUUUAUAAAGUAUUCAAAACUUUAUUGGUAUGUAAACACAUGACAUUAACACGUUCAAAUGACUGAGGGUCAGCGUCAACAACCCAGGAGGCCAAAGAUAUCAUGUCACAAUAUUACUGUUGUAAAACACAGACAUUCUUUGGAAUUACACAGAAUGGAAUUUCACAUAACAAUAAAAGAAGGUUCCUUUGAAUCACUAAUCAAUUUGACUGUAGAAUUGUUGGUUUAGAUUCAAAUGAACUGUGCAGUUCCAGCGAACCAGACCUGGCUGACUGGCUUUCCCUCAUGUCUCUGUCACGUACAUGAAAGAUAAAUGCAGCCACCCACACACACCAUGGCAUUAAACAGUAGGUCAUGAAUUCAGAUGUGUUUGAUGUGAAAGGUGAAUAAACCUGGUGGUUCUGGAAACUUAGGAUAUUUUUGUUAAGGCAAAUAUAGGUGUUAUAUCUAAACGUUAGCCUACAAUUGGCCCAAAAACUCCCUUCAAAAUGGAUUGUAUUGUUGCCAACUUGGUUCCCUCUCUCUUUUGGUCACAAGGAUUGUAGUCUACACAUGCCAUCUCCUGAAAGAUGUGUUUGAUAUGGCCUUUGGCCGCCUUUCCUUCCAGUUCUCUGCUGCCAAUGACUGGAACGAAUUGCAAAAAUCACUGAAGCUGGAGACAUAUCUCCCUCUCUAACUUUAAGCAUCAGCUGUCAGAUCAGCUUACCGAUCACAGUACCUGUACACAGCCCAUCUCUAAAUAGCAACUACCUCAUCCCCAUAUUGUUAUUUAUUCUCUUGCUCUUUUGCACCCCAGUAUCUCUACUUGCACAUAAACCUCUGCACAGUUAUCACUCCAGUGUUAAUGCCAAAUUGUAAUUAUUUCGCCUCUAUGGCCUAUUUAUAGUCUUACCUCCCUCAUUUUCUACAUUUGCACACACUGCAGAUAGAUUUUUCUAUUGUGUUAUUGACUGUAGGUUUGUUUAAUUGUAACUCUGUGUUGUUGUUUGUGUCACAGUGCUUUGCUUCAUCUUGGCCAGGUCGCAAUUGUAAAUGAGAACUUGAUCUCAACUGGCCUACCUGGUUAAAUAAAGGUGAAAUAAAAAAUAAAAUAAAUAAAUAUGGAACCAAAGAAAGCCUGAUAUAGAUUUUUUCAUUCAAAUGUAAGUAUAAAACCGUAUUGUACUGGAUCAUAUGAAUGAUUAGUAGGCAUAGUAGAUAACAGAAAGACUAAAUCCAAAGCAUAUGAAACAAUGUAUUUAUUUAAAGAU